UUUCUGACCUUUGUACUCGAAGUCGGAGGACAUUGUUCUCAGGUUUAAUUUCCAAAAAUAGUGACUUUUACUAUUAAUUUUACAAUGUCUUUGUUGACUUCUUAUCAGGACAUGGCAACAGCAAGGUAUAGGUCUCCCACUGAAGUUGGUCAGGGCCACCACGAUGGGUCUCACACUGGGGUUUCACAGGUUGAUUUAGAGAAGCCGUUAGCAAGACUCACUGGUGAGAGACCCUUCAAGUGCGGGGACUGUGGGUACAGGGGAGCCAAAAAGUAUGACUUAUCCAGACAUAUUAGAAUCCACACAGGAGAAAAACCAUACAAGUGUGACCAAUGUGACUAUACUGCAGCGGAAAAGUCUAGUUUGAACUAUCAUUUGAAGAAACAUACUGGUGAAAGACCCUUCAUGUGUGGGGAUUGUGGGUACAGGGCAACUAAACAGUCAGACUUAACCAAACAUAUUAGAGUACACACAGGAGAAAGACCCUACAAGUGUGAUCAGUGUGAUUAUUCUGCUAAAGAAAAGUCUAGUUUGAACCAACACAUGAUAUACAAACAUACCAGUGAGAAACCCUUCAUGUGUGGGGAGUGUGGUUACAGGGCAUCUAAAAAGUCUGACUUGUUUCGACAUAUGAGAACUCAUUCAGGGGAAAAACCUUACAAAUGUGACCAGUGUGACUAUUCUGCAGCACGGAAAACCACUUUAGAUGACCACAAAACACUGCACUCUGGUAAGAAACCCUAUAAAUGUGAUACAUGCGAGUACAGGGCAGCUCGAAAGACUCACUUGCGCCUACAUAUGAGAACGCAUACAGGAGAAAAACCCUACAAGUGCAACCAGUGUGACUAUUCUGCAGCACAAAUGUCUGUUCUGCAAUACCACCUCACAAAACACACCGGUGAGAAACCUUUUAUUUGUGGUGAGUGUGGGUACAGGACAGCUAAAAAGUCUAACUUAGUGAUACACAUGAGAGUCCACACAGGGGAAAAACCCUACAAGUGUGACCAGUGUGAUUAUUCUGCAGCACACAAACCCCACUUGGACGAACACCUAGCAAGGCACAGUGGUGAGAAACCCUUCUCGUGUGGGCAGUGUGGGUACAGAACCGCUAAAAAGUCUGACUUAUCCCGUCAUGUUCAUACCCACACAAAAGACAAACCCUUCAAGUGUGAUCAGUGUGACUAUUCUGCAGCGGAUAAGGCAAGUUUGAAACAUCAUUUGGCAAAACACACCGGUGAAAAACCAUUCAAGUGUGGGCAGUGUGGGUAUGGAACAACUCAAAGGAUUGCCUUAACCAUACAUAUGAGAGUCCACACUGGAGAAAAACCUUACAAAUGUGACCAGUGUGACUAUGCUACUGCAGGGAGGUCAAAUUUGAACAAACACAUGACAACACACACCGGUGAAAAACCCUACAUGUGUGGGGAGUGUGGUUACAGAACAACCCGACGGACACACUUGAUACAACAUAUAAGAACUCAUACAGGAGAAAAACCCUACAAGUGUGACCAGUGCAAAUACUCCACAGCUUACCAAUCUGAUCUAGCGAAACACAAGAAAACUCACACAAAAGAAACAGCCAUGCAUGUGUGACCAUACUGCAACUGGCUUUGCCUGUGUAUAGUUAGACAACAGCUCCAUUUUAUAUGCUGUAUAUAUUUUUCAAUAUUUUACAAGGAUGUUGUUUUUUAAUGUACAUAUUCUUUUCUUUCAUAUCAUGAUAACAUGCAUGUAAAUAGUUUUUAUUCAUAUUGACAAAGGAAUUUUGAUGACAAAUCUUGUAUUGCAAUUGUUGUUUCAAAGAAUAUAUUGAUAUUCUAAAAAACAGCAUUUUAUUGUAGUAGAAUACACUUGCAUGAAACCUAGGACAUGCCCUUGAUCAAACAAUGUACAUGAGUUCUAUGCAAGUUCACUAUCAUUUUGUAAUUAGAUAGCCGAAUUAUGUAGAAUAAAACCCAUUU